UGCGAUCGCACCCACCAGACCCCAAGAAGAUCGCGAUGGCUGGCUUGACAUCGCUGCACCACGGCCACCUCCCGCUCUGGCACAACCGCAGCGCGCCCGAAAAGCUCGAAACAACGCGCGUCGAGAUCGUUCGCUGCGCGCUUCGCUCCGACAUGACGUGCUCGCGCCGGGCGAAUGAAGACGCAGUCAUCUUCCAGCUCCGCGUCUUCCACGGCACGACGAGCCACGACGUCGAGAAGAGCUUCCACGCGUUCAUGCAGCUCAAGGACGACUUGCUGGCGGCGUUGGAGCCCGGCCACAUGUGCCCGGCGAUGUGCCCGUGGCUGUGGGAAGACCUUCGCAACAACUUUGACCGGCCCAAGAAGCACGGUAAUGUCCGCGCGUGGCUGCAGAUCCGGCUGCACCGCCACACGGCCGCGACCAACCAGAUCUUUCUCGAGCAUUUCCAGGAGCUCCUCGACUCGCUGCUGCAUUUGCUUCGAAAGGAGCACACCAAGUGCGACAAGUUCUCGGCUCUCUGCAUCGUCCUCGCCCGCUUCCUGCACCUCGUCGACCCCAACGCGGUGGACGAAGCACGACCGGCUUCGUUGUCGGAUCGUCACGAGCGCAAUCUUGUGUCGCGUGCCAGUAUUUAGAGGCAAUAGCUCGAAUUUGAAUUAUUUAUCAUUGGUUCUCUCGACCUC